AUGUCCAACACCGUAAUUUUGACAGGAGGAUCUCCUUGGGGAUUUCGCCUUCAAGGGGGAGCUGAAUGCAAUCAACCAAUACGUAUCGCCAAGCUCAACCCAAAUAGCAAGGCCUGCAACGAGGGUGUGAAACUGGGUGAUAUCGUAGAAAGUAUUAACGGACAAAGUAUACAAGGCUACCAAUGCAAAAAUGCAUUAGAUCUCAUUAAAAGUGCCAAUCAAAAACUGGUCCUAGAAUUAAAAAGUGGUGAUUCAAGUAUGAAUGGCCAAGUUAAUGGAGAUAUAAAACACAGUUUUGUCUCAAACAAUAACGAAGGUGAAGCCUCCAUGUCAUCUGUAACCCCUAGCAACGCCAUGUUUAACCCAUCUGUCAACCAAUCACAGAACAGCUCUCAUUUUUCGCCUUCCAAAAUAUAUACGCCGCAAAAAUCAGCUUCAGAAAAUAUGCCAAUAGGUGUCGCUUCAAGUAAAGUCUGGUCGCCUUUUGGUGAGUCCAGAAAAGUGGAAUACAAACCUGUCUCGUUUGGUACAUCACCUCAGGGGCCUUCAGUGCUGAGUCCAUCUUCUAAGGGGCCCACUUUUACUAAGCUCAAUACGCCACCUAUUGUACAUAAUGCAUCAUCUGUAAAUACAACACCACUAUCUAUCACGCCAUCUUUCCAGUCUUCUCAGUCAUAUACAGCGCCAUCUGUUAAUACAGCGCCAUCUAUGAAUACACCGCCAUCUAUGAACAUUACACUCAAUGCUAAAAAAGCUGAUGAGAACAAACCCAUAAUGAACAGUUUAACUGCUAAACCAGGUGUGUGGACCCCUGGCGCAAAGCCCCCUACCCCAGAACAUGAGAAACCAGCUCCCACUACAAAAAUAGAGGACUCUAGGAGUCCAUUUAAAGAUAUGGCUCAAGUGUGGAAGCCUGGAGGAGACAGUGGAUCAAAGAAGGAAUUCAAACCAGUCAAAUUAGAUACAACUGCAAUUGAGCGAGAAAAAUCAAAAUCUCCUGUUCCUCCAAAACCUGAAGAAAGUUUUGCAUGGAAGCCCCCAGAAAAGGAGGAACGCAUAGCUGCCGCAGCAACCAUAUCUGGGUCACUACAUUCAGUGCCACCUAGGAGCAGUAGUAAGAACUACACCAAAUUAAACAUUAAUGGAGAUACUCAUACGAGCAUGGACUCAAAUGUAUAUAUCGAAACCAAUGCAAUAAAUGGACGAGAGUCCCAACAAUCCCCAGAUGCAAAUAGCAGUUCAACUUUUGAGAGGAGGUUUGCGACUAAUUUGCCGUCCACUAGCAGUCUCAGCCCAACCAUAACCCUGUUGCAAAAAUCGAGAGAGGGCCAGAUACCAAAAGGUGCUGUUUAUGUGGGAACUGAAGAAAAAGUUGAGGGAGAAAUAAAGCACACCGACCAAUAUUAUUUAGUGCCCUCUGGUGAGAAAACCAAAACCACUAGAAAGAUUGAACAAAAAGCCCCGAAAUAUCAAGGCAUUGGGCCAACCAAUGAAAAGGGAGUGCCUGUCGGGCUAAGAUCUCACAUUGAUGACAAAAACCAGAAGGACUGGUACAAACAGAUGUACAAGACAUUGCACAAGCAGCCCAAAAGAGAUGAUGAGAACCCCUACUCACCGACAUAUACCUUUCCAGAAUCUUCCGAUGAAGAAGGUAGCACCAAACAGGAAGAACCCAAUCCCCCAUCAGUCCCUAAGGAAAAUCAAGACACAUUUAAGAAAAUUUCAAACUCAACGCUUGAUGCCGAAUUCUCCAAUAGAACAGAAGAAAAUGAUGUUAAUUCUCAGAUUGAUUCUGAAUUAAUGAAGGUGAACAAACUUGACCGUGAAAUCUUGGAGGAGAUCAAAUAUAUUGAUAAACAUUUAAAAGUUGGUAGCCCAGAUAUUGCAGAAGAAAUUCGGAAGAUUGAUAUACAGUUAAAUAGUUAUUCUCCAAAAAGAAUAGAUCACCCUAACACAUACUCACCAACUUAUACAUUUCCUAAGACAGGGGAGAAGAUAGCUGCAAGAGAUAUUCAUACCGAAACUGAGACUGAAUCAGAACUUGAGGUUCCGUUUGCUAAAGAUGAAAAUGAGGCUUUGACCUACUUACCAACAUAUAGUUUCCCUGCAAGAAUAAAUGAACCUACAAAGGAAGUAAUGCCCCCAUAUACCCCAACAUACAAAUUCCCAAUCAAUAAAUCUCAAAAUUCAAAAGAAGAAUCACCAGAGGAGGGUCACUAUACAUCCCAAGAUCCCCCAAAACAUUCCCCUCAAGAGAGAGAAAGUAAGACAGUGACACCAAAGGCUGACAAAGGCAAAUAUUGGUAUGAGCCAAAUAAGACCUUGUUGGAAGAAAAACACAUUGAACCACCUGUUCCUAAAUCAAAACUAACACGCAAUGCUCUUAAAUACUUUGAAGCAAUUCCCGAACCGCUAAAUGUUGCAAGAUAUAAACCUAAUUACAAGCAUCAGCCAGAUGCUACCCCUGGUAACUAUGUAGAAAUUCAACCUACACCUAGUGAUACGGAUGAAUCAACUCAAGACAGAUCUUUGAAUAAAACACACAGCGAUGACAUAAAGGAUUAUAAACCAACUUAUACCUUUCCUAAAAGUUUUGAAGAUGCUAGGCGCAUGGCUCGUGAGCAUCCACCCAGUAGCGACGAUGAUUCAUGGCGUGAGGAUUCCGAAGAUGAGAAUCCCUACACUCCCAACUAUAUGUUCCCCACUAGUCAAUACUCCAGGGACAUGGAUAAAGAUGAGACAAGAUCUUUAGACCAAUACGCCACCUAUCCAAGAAGUAAGAGUUUAUCAGAGGCAAGGCCGACAUAUGAUACAACAAGUGACGUAGAAUAUAGUAGCAGUACCACAGAACGACCAAGGAAAAGUCUCGGAUCAUCCUGGGCCCCGCCACAUGCCAGGUCCAAACUAGAGGUCUACAAGAACCAACCACGCAGCAUAGUAGACUAUGAGCCUGGAUUCUCUUCAAUAGCAUUUAAGGAGGCAAAAUCUGACGAGAAAGUCAAUGAGAGUGGUCUACAUAACCCACCCAUUGACAAACCUGGCCAGUUCAGCAGAUAUACUGAAGGUCCAGACUCAGAUGUGCGAAGUGUAGGAUCUGGUUCUCAGCUUUCACCCCUGCAAUCCAAGGAGGCUUAUCGGCAAGUUCUCGUUGGGGGAGAGGUUCCCGUCAGUGGCUUCCGCAAACAAGUACCAGAUAGACCCGCAGCUUUGCCAAAACGAUACCAGGAACAUGCCAGGAAAACUCAACCAAUCAGAAGUCCUGCUAGUACGCUUGAUAGGAAAAAGAUCGCAGAGGAUGACGCUAAAAGGCGAGAACAUAUGCAACAGAUGUAUGAAGAGGAAAAGAGAAGAAAAGCCAUGGAGGAGAAACAGAGGAAUGAGGCAAGGAGACACUCAGAUAACCUCCUGCCUGAGCAGAAAUCUCCCAUCCCAACCAACAGGUUUGACGAGGGUGACAGACUGCCAGAUCACACAAAGUUACGAAAGAAGAAAAUUGGAACUGAGAUACGGGGCAAAGCUAAGGCCAUCUAUACAUUCAAUGCUCAAAACCCCAAGGAGUUAUCGUUCAAGCGAGGGGACUCUAUCUACCUGACCAGAGAUAUUGAUGGCAACUGGCUAGAGGGUGAGCACCAUGGUAGAAUUGGCAUCUUCCCCAAGAACUAUGUUGAGGUGCUGACAUCUAUAGCAGACGCAAAAGCAGCUGCAGCAGACGCCGAGGGUCAAGGUCGCGUCAAGUACAAUUUCAAUGCACAAACAAAUGUGGAACUUUCACUUAAAAAGGGUGAUACAGUGACAUUAACACGUAGACUGGACGAGAACUGGUAUGAAGGUCGUUGCAAGAAUCAGACAGGGAUAUUCCCUACGUCAUACAUUGACGUAAUCAGGGAGCCAGAUACUCCACUAGUGACACCUAUGUCUUCCCGCAUGACCACACCAGCCACUUCAGGGUUUACCACACCAGCUAAUUAUGAUUUGGAUUCUCCCAAUGGUCCUCUCUCACCAAACAUCCACAUGAAUGGGCCCACAGAUGGUAUCGACGCUUUCUCUCCAACACCCAUGGAUAACUACAAACGCCAACAACAAGACAGCUUUCAUUAUAAUGGCCACGGGGGACAUGAACAGCAAUCAAGAGUUCCAGAGCAGCGUUCAUCAGCUCAACAGCAGCAAUCUGAACAGCGAUCAUAUGGUGUAAAACAGCAAAGUCAAAGUUCCCCCCAUGGUUACCGACAGGAGUAUAUGCCCCCUGUACAGAAACAACCCCAGCAAAGAGCACCACAAAAACAGGAAUUGUCCCCAAGUAAAAAAGAUAUAGAAGUCAAUACUUACCGAGCGAUUUACAAUUACAAACCUCGAAACGAAGAUGAACUGGAGUUAAAAGAGGGAGAUGAAAUAUACGUUAUGGAAAGAUGCGAUGAUGGAUGGUUUGUCGGCACGUCAAAUAGAACGGGACAUUUUGGUACUUUCCCUGGAAACUAUGUAACUAAGCUAUAAAGUAUGACAGAAAGAAGUUCUUCCUAUAGACAGUCAUGUAUAUCAUACACAGUUUAACACAGAUAGGGACUGUUAGCACUGGGACAACCCAUACCAUGAGGACUACACACCAAUUUGCAUGUUCUGUACAGUGAACACCCUUUGCAAAAUGGAACAUGUUGAAUAUGUGGAAGUACACACCCUUUGCAAGGUAGUACUUGUAAAAUACAUGGAAAUGUACACCCUUUGCAAGAUAGUCCUUGUAAAGCACAUGGAAGUGCACAUCCAUUGCAAGGUGAUCUUGCAAAAUACAUGGACUUUUCGAAAUACAUCUUAAAUGUGUGGGAGAUUGUUGAAUUAUGAAUCAGGACCAUGCAUAAACAAUAGAGAGUCAUGGAGAUUGAAUUUGUAUCAAUAUUGAAUAUAUUGAACAUGCACUGGUGCCGCUGAAAACAAUGGACUUGGAUUAUGUUAUCUGAACAUUUUAUAUGGAUAGGUGACUUUUAUUGUUGACAUGGAAAUGUGACAAGGAUUGAUGCAAGAAUAGACAUUUUAAUGAUGCUACUAAAUGAGAGAAUCUUAGAAUGUAUGCUUACACAGGUAAUGCAUAUACCUAACGAAGCUUCGAGAGAUAACGAGAAACUCAGUAAUCCCAACCUUUGAUGGAGGAUUUGAAACUGACAGAGGAAUUCUGGACAGCAGUUUCAGUGGUAAAAUGGCCACUAUGGAGAAAGGGUACGAGGAUUACGUGAAUGUAUAUAGACAUAGUUUUAUUAAUGCUAAACACCAUAAUAUAUGAAAUGAAACAAUGAAAUAAGUUUAUGAUUAUAUAAUUUGCAUCAUAUAUGAUGCCUACAUGUAUACAAUACACUGGGAUAUAAUAUAUAUUCAUUGUUAAUUGUGCCUGGUAGGCAACAAAAAAAUCUUAAUAUUUGGUGAUAUAGAGAUACAUUGUGUUCAGUUAGAAGUAGAGUGAUGGAUUGAAGGCUGAUGAAAUUAGAUCUAGCAGACCCACAAUGUGUGUUCGAUUGUUAUAACAUAGUGUAUAUAGGAAUACAAUUCACUAAGUGCAUUAUAGUGCAGACAACCAUCUAUAGAUGGUGUUUUAUGUAUCACUGCAUCCAUCUAUUGGAUGAGGUUUGAACUAGGUGUAGAUGAAAUAUUAUUACUUGUGAAUUAUAAAUACUACAAUAGCACUUGGUUAUGUAAAUAGUAUGUUAAACCAAUGAAAUGUUGCACUGUACAAUUAUGCACCUAUUCAUUUUUAGAAUAUAAAAGCUUUUAAAGUGUAAAUAUAUUCCACAUUUGGAAAUUCAUAUUUUAUUGCCUCUAUUUACUAUAUAUCCUACAAUAUAAUAAUAUAUUGAAGUCCACUUUACACUUUAUGCACAUUAGGUAAACAUUAUUAAGUUCAUUUGAUUUAUUUCAUGGAUUGGGACUACAUGUUGAGCUUUGCUGUUUAGAAUAUGUGCUAAUUGAAUAAUUUGUUAGAUAGAUUUGCACCUUGCAUAACUGACAAUGUACAGAGUGGAGUUCAUUUACUGUUAUGUAAUGAUAAUCAUAUAUAUAAUUUAUUAAACUGAUAGAGCAAAUAAAACAUGGGCUGGAUCUGCUUCAUGAAUAUCAGAUACAUCUCACGAUGCUUGGAUUAAAUUUUAUGAUUAUGAUGUACAUGGCAGAAUUGAUCAUAUAACUUACAUUUGUUUGUCUUCUGAUCUUGCCAAAAUGAUGUAUACAGUAAAUAGUAUUUUAAAUCAUUAUGCCAAGUUUAAUUUAGAGCAGUAAUCCUUACAAUUACAAAAUUUUAUUCACUCAAUUACAAAUAAUUCAUUGAUCAAUUUUUGCACAUUAUUAUAUUGUUAAAUAUUAUCCAGAUGAUGUUACAAUGGAACGGGAUUAGCAUUUUGAAGUUCAUUGCUUCAUUUUAUAUUAAUUCUGUGUAACCAUAGAAAAUUGUUUUAUUGAAUAUUUAUUAUCAUCAACACAGAUUAUAUCGUGGAAUAUGUGUGAAUAGAAAGUGUAUGUAGGUUGUAUUUAUUGUUAUGUAUUUAGUGUCAAGGAGUUGAAUGAUCAUGUAUAAGUCUACUGCCGAAAAAGCAGGCAAAUAAUGAAGUUCAAGCAGGAUUGAUUAAUAAAUAUAUACAUUAUUUUUCAAGAUCAAAUUUUGAAAAGUCUUCAAUCAAAAUAAACUCAUCGGUGUAUUUAGUACAAUGUAUUUAUAUUUACAGUAUAAUGAAAUAUUGCUUCAUAAAAUGACAAAAGGAAAAUGUAAGAAAUUGACACUGUGUGGUACUAUUAUUAACACAAUUUGGUAGACUAUUAGUAUAUUGAAACUAUUUUACAAAUAAUCAGCUUGUUAAAUCAUAAAUCAGAUGCAAUCACUGCUUCAUUGUGAAUUGUGUUAAUGUAGGUCAGAUAGAUGUCACCACUGAGGAUUAAUGUUGUAAAAUGCUACCAUUUAUAUGUAUGGCUUUUGACUAGAAAUAUCUGCAAUUCUAAUAAAAUGUUUUGCCAUAUAACAUUA